UGUCAUUUGUCAUUUCCGCAAGAGCCAUCUUCCUUUUUCUUUUGACGUUUAGUUGGAAAAACACGCGGUUAUAAAUUAUUGAUAAGUGAGGAAAAUAUGGCACCUCGAUAUGAAAUAGCUGUUGGCCUGCAAAAAGGCCACAAAACAACAAAAAUUCCUACAGGAAAAACCAAGUCCGGCAAAUUACGUCCCGCCAGGUUGAAGGGGAUCCAAACUAAGCACUCGAAAUUCGUGCGCGACCUUAUCAGGGAAGUGUGUGGUCAUGCCCCAUAUGAAAAACGCGCUAUGGAAUUGUUGAAGGUCUCGAAGGAUAAGAGAGCUUUGAAAUUCCUUAAGAGACGUCUUGGCACACACAUCAGGGCCAAGAGGAAGCGUGAAGAAUUGUCCAAUAUCCUUACUCAAAUGCGUAAAGCUGCUACCCACAAAUAGAUUUUUUUAAGUUUCUGACAAAAUAAACUUAAUUAUAAGUU